AAUAAUACCGAUGUGGACAUCUACACAGAACAUUCACUGAACACGACCGUCGCAAAAAUGAGUCCAUCUGGAUUCUAUAUCGCCUCUGGCGACACAGGUGGAAAUGUUAGAAUCUGGGAUACAACGCAAACUACCCACAUCCUCAAGGCAACUUAUCAGGUGUUUUCUGGUAGUGUGAGAGACAUUGCUUGGAGCGAUGAUAGUAAAAGACUCGCUGCUGUAGGAGAGGGACGAGAAAGGUUCGGCCAUGUUUUCUUGUUCGACACUGGAACAUCCAAUGGUAACUUGUCUGGACAAUCCCGACCUAUGAGUAGCAUCGACUUUCGUCCAGCGAGACCAUAUCGGCUUAUCAGCGGCUCCGAAGACAAUACCGUGGCGAUUUUCGAGGGUCCACCUUUCAAGUUCAAGACUACCUUCCAUGAACAUUCACGUUUUGUUCAUGUAACGAAGUACAGUCCCGAUGGUUCUCUCUUCGCUAGUGCCAGUGCCGAUGGAAAGGUGGUGCUUUUCGAGGGAGUGGAAGGUGCAAAAGUUGCCGAUUUGCUCGAUUCAUCCCUCAAGACAGAGGCGGCUCAUUCUGGAAGCGUCUUUGGAUUAGCAUGGUCGCCUGAUGGAAAGAAGAUUGCCACUGCUUCUGCUGACAAAACAGUGAAAAUUUGGAAUGUAGCAGAGAAAGCCCUCGAAAGUACCAUCAAUUUUGGUGAUUCUGUUGAUGAUCAGCAAGUGGGGAUCACUUGGAGUCCCAAAGCACUGGUUUCCGUGUCACUCGCUGGAUUUGUUAACUUUAUCGACCCAGCUGGGAAAGUUGCCAAGGUAAAUCACGGCCACAACAAAGGCAUCACCGCUCUUGCUCUCAGCGAAGACAAGCAAUGGCUAUUUACCUCCGAUUUUGAGGGACAUAUCACGAAGUGGAAUGUCAGCAAUGGCGAGUCGAAGAGAAUCUCCCCAGCGCUUCACAAGUCGCAAGUUGUCGGGCUGGCUUUUGUAAAAGAUCAGCUCAUCAGUAGUGCAUGGGACGAUACCGUUCGAUUCACCCAUGACAUUCUCAAUUCAGGUCCGUUUGUGUUGGUGGUAACGCUUUGUUCAGACACGCCACGUUCAUCAUCCGUGAAACUGCCUUCACAACCUCUCGAUGUCGUGUCUUCUCAGGAAGGUGGCCUUACUGUUGUUGCUUGUGCUAAGAACAUCAUUGUCUUCAAGCCAUCUCCACAGUACUACACUAUACAGAGGUCCCACUUUGAGGUUCUGAAGAAAGAUAUCUUCCAGGGUGAAACAUUGUCAACCGAUCUCAGCGUAUCUUUCAAUCCCUCAUGUGUUGCACUUUCGAACAAUUUGAUUGCUGUCGGUGGUCAGGAUUCGAAAGUACAUAUCUUCUCCCUCUCUGGCACCAGCUUGAAAGAGGAAAAAACACUGCCACAUUCAACGCCAAUCACAGCCGUUGCAUUCUCACCUAAUGGCGAAUACCUGGUCGCCACUGAUAGUGGAAGAAAGAGAUUGAUCCAAGAAAAGGCACUAUGUCUGCUCUUUCAGGUCGUACCAUACUCAGUGAAAGAUGGUUUCACAACCAUUGCUGAAAAGGAAUGGACUUUCCACACUGCCAAGGUCAACUGCGUUGCCUGGAGUACAGACAAUCGCCAUUUGGCAACGGGUGGUUUGGACACCAAUGUCAUCGUAUGGGAUUUGCAGCAUAGCGGCGAACACCCAAUAAUUAUUCGAGGUACAACUUUAGUCCCAUUCUCUUCCCCUUUUUCAUUGAAUCGACAAAGCAUAUCCGUGUUGCAUAACCUGUUUUUAGGAGCUCAUGCAAUGUCGCCUGUCAAUGGUCUCGUGUUUUUGAACGAUAGUGAAUUAUUGAGCGUUGGCCAAGACGCGAACAUCAAGCACUGGAAGAUAAAUCUGGUUUAAUC